UAAAAAAAAAAAAAAAAAAAAACUUUGAAAAAAAGGCAAAACAGAGUAGAAAAGGAAAUUAGGAAGCUCCUUUUUCUGUCAAAUUUGAGUUCAUCUACUUGUUAGUUUUGGGAUUCUUGAGGUAACCGAGCUGUUAGAAAUCUCAAAGUUCAAAAGCUUAAAACAAAAUCUGGAUUUGCUGCUGCUGUUCCUUCCUUCACUAGCUGAACUCCAUAACCAUCUGUGGCUGUUAUUUUUUAUUCUGCUGCAGUUUAAGGAGUAUAUUUGCUAGAUUCUAAGAGAAUUUCAAUAUGGCGGCUUCUGAAGAGAACAGCGCACUUUUCCCCAUCUUUGUCUUGACUUUAAUGGCUCUGCCACUAGUUCCUUACACUAUAGUCAAUUUAUUUGGUGCUUUCAAGAAAAAGGCUGCCAAAAUCAACUGCCAGUGUUCGGUAUGCGUUCGGUCUGGGAAGUAUCAUAAAUCCAUAUUCAAGCGGAUUUCAAACUUCUCUACAUACAGUAAUCUGACCCUUGUACUGCUGUGGGUUGUCAUGGCUGUUCUUGUUUAUUACAUCAAACAUAUCAGCACUGAGUUCCAAAUAUUCGAGCCAUUCAAUAUUCUUGGACUAGAACAUGGAGCUUCAGACUCCGAAAUAAAGAAGGCAUAUCGAAGACUUUCCAUUCAGUAUCAUCCUGAUAAAAAUCCAGAUCCAGAGGCGCACUCAUACUUUGUUGAAUACAUCUCAAAGGCUUAUCAGGCUCUGACAGAUCCAAUAUCUCGGGAAAAUUUUGAAAAAUAUGGCCAUCCAGAUGGACGACAGGGGCUUCAAAUGGGCAUUGCCCUCCCACAGUUCCUUUUAAACAUUGAUGGAGCAUCCGAGGGAAUAUUGUUGCUUGGAAUUGUUGGAGUCUGUAUAAUUCUGCCCUUGACAAUUUCUGUUAUAUACUUGUCUAGGUCGUCAAAAUAUACUGGGAAUUAUGUCAUGCACUCGACAUUAGCCGCAUAUUACCACUUAAUGAAGCCUUCUUUAGCUCCAAGCAAGGUCAUGGAUGUUUUCAUUAAGGCUUCUGAAUUCAUGGAUAUUCCUGUUCGUCGGACUGAUGAAGAACCUCUGCAGAGACUAUUUGUCUUGGUUAGAAGUGAGCUAAAUCUGGAUCUUAAGAAUAUUCGGCAAGAACAGGCUAAGUUUUGGAAGCAGCAUCCUGCAUUAGUAAAGACUGAACUGUUGCUUCAAGCCCAAUUGACACGUGAGACUGCAGCUUUGUCUCCAACUUUACAGCGUGAUUUCAGACGUGUGCUUGAACUCGCACCUAGACUUCUGGAAGAGUUGAUGAAGAUGGCUAUUAUUCCACGCCCUCCCGUGGGGCAUGGAUGGCUAAGACCUGCAAUAGGAGUGGUGGAACUGUCUCAGAGUGUUGUUCAGGCGGUACCUCUCACUGCAAGGAAAGCAGCAGGUGGAUCCAGUGAAGGGUAUGCACCGUUCUUGCAGCUGCCACACUUUAGUGAGGCUGUGGUAAAAAAGAUUGCAAGAAAGGUUGCAAUUAUUGCUUUUAAUCUGUUCUCAAACUUCCUAAACACAUCUGCUGAAUGUUGGAUUGGUGCUCAUGAUAAAUUAUGAAUCAACGUGCUUUUGUGUCUCUGAUUGGUUCCUUGGUGGAGUUGGGGGAAGUAUGUGCAUUACUCAUCUUGUUUUAUAUCUUAGUUUAAUUAAUAGUUAGACUAAGGAAAUUGUCCCUAGAAAUGAUACUUGAUAACCAAAAAAAGACAAGAGAACUGUCUCUAGAAAGCUUAUUUAUCACAUUUUCUGGUCUUGGUAUUAGCGGGCUGUGCUAUCCGUAUAAUCCCGGCUCAAAAUGAGGUGUUGCGUUGUGACAAGCCAAAUUCCGUAAACAUUAAAAUGAAAAAACACCAGCCUUUGAGUGUACAGGGAUGUUAUAUAACUUGAUUUUCCAUUACAGCGGAGUGGCUGCAGUAACUGCUUACCUAAACUCAUCUCUCCUAGUAUAUAUAGUGACAUGAUGUUAUUAAAGUAGUACGUUGGUUUAUUUACAAUCUUUUGAUCUGGGAUAAAUAUAACUCUCCUCAAUAUUAUUUAUCAGGAAAAAAAUACUUUUUACUCAAUAAUGACUGAAAUGUUAGUUAUAUGGUAGUUACUUCAUGACUUACUCCAUAUCAUGAAAUAUGCUUCGCUUGAUUUUUGUGAUCUAGCGGCGUUUCAUUUAUUUUGAGUUCACUUCUACAUUUUAAACAUGUUACAAAUUUACACCUUUUAAUAGUUAAUGUUUGAUACUUGCUUUGAGUGUGUCACGGUGGCUACCUAUAUAGUGCAUGCGUUCAGUGGGAAGUCUAGUGACAUCUCUAUUCAGUUUCUUCUUCUUUCUUUAUUUCCUUGUGCAAAAUCUGAGUAUUGGUGGGAACUUGAUUCACAUUAAUGGGAAAAUGAAAAUCAUAAUUUUAUAAGGACUUUUAGUAUUACCUGGACCAUUUUCCU